ACAGCCUGUCAGAUGUGUUCGGCAAUAGCCUCUUGUAUAAUCGCUGCUUAACUGAAAAUCGAUUUUUGUGUGAAGAAAACAAACACGGCUGUUAUUUAAGUGAGCGCAGACUAGACAUCGGCCCUUUCAGUCGGUGACAACACACGGGGCCAACAUGGUGGUCAUAUUGCGCUGUUGCCCGCUAAUCCGGUGGCUGUCCCUGGCCGUUGUGCUGGGCUCGGUUCUCGGACUCGGUGAGGACCUCGACCGGCCUCUCUUCGGGCCCCCCGGCUCUUCUAUCUGGGUCCACGACUCCGACCCGGGUCUUAAGAAGGCUCUGGCCUUUGCAGAGGAGCGAUACAACCGGGUCUCCAAUGCGAUGCAUCUCCGCAGAGUCAGCCGGGUCAUCUCUGCCACCAAACAGCUGGUUAAAGGGAUCCGUUACACUUUAACAGUGGAGCUGAGUAACACUCAAUGUAAGAAGUCCACCAUGCUCAGGACAUGUGACUUCUAUCCCGAGUUAAAUCAACUCAAGACAGAGGUCUGCAUCUUUGAGGUGUGGGACAUCCCUUGGCAGGGGGCGUCAACCUUGCUCAAACAGAAGUGCCAGCCCAAAGUUGAAUCUGAAGUAGAAGAGAGCAACAAGGUAGAGGAUCCAUCCACCAGCCAGCCUCUGGAGGAGUCGGUAGAGCUGCUGGGCCAGUUUAAAGAGUUCAUGACUAAGUACAAUAAAGUCUACAGCAGUCAGGAGGAAGUGGACCGUCGUUUGCGCAUCUUCCACGAGAACCUGAAGACUGCUGAGAAGCUCCAGGCUUUGGAUCAAGGUUCAGCCGAGUAUGGAGUCACCAAGUUCAGCGACCUCACCGAGGAGGAGUUUCGCUCUACAUACUUAAACCCGCUGCUGAGUCAAUGGACUCUCCAUCAACCAAUGAAACCAGCUACUCCUGCCAAAGGCCCCUCCCCUGACAGCUGGGAUUGGAGGGAUCAUGGAGCUGUCAGUCCUGUUAAGAACCAGGGAAUGUGUGGAUCUUGCUGGGCAUUUUCUGUCAUAGGCAACAUUGAAGGCCAGUGGUUCCUGAAAAAUGGAACGUUGCUGUCACUUUCCGAACAAGAGCUGGUUGACUGCGACGGGCUGGACCAGGCGUGCAGAGGCGGCCUUCCAUCAAAUGCUUAUGAAGCUAUCGAGAAGCUGGGGGGUCUGGAGACUGAAAGUGACUACUCCUACACCGGGCACAAGCAGAGGUGUGACUUCACCACCGGGAAGGUGGCCGCCUACAUCAACAGCUCCGUGGAGUUACCCAAAGAUGAGAAGGAGAUUGCUGCUUGGCUGGCUGAGAAUGGGCCAGUCUCUGUUGCUCUGAAUGCUUUUGCUAUGCAGUUUUACAGGAAGGGUAUAUCUCACCCUCUGAAGAUUUUCUGCAACCCCUGGAUGAUCGACCACGCUGUGCUGUUGGUGGGAUAUGGAGAACGUAAAGGUAUUCCCUUCUGGGCCAUCAAAAACAGCUGGGGGGAGGAUUAUGGAGAGCAGGGUUACUACUACCUCUACAAGGGCUCCAAUGCAUGUGGGAUCAACAAGAUGUGCUCAUCUGCUGUAGUCAACUGAACCCCUAACAUCUCCUACAGACACACACACACACAUCAUCAUGCUACAUGCACCACAGCUGUCAGUGGACCCCAGCUCCACAUCACUUAUCCAGAAUGCACAAGAGCUCAACACGCACACAUGUGAAGUCCUGCUGAUGUUUCUUCUCCAUUAAACCAAACCAGUGUUUUACCAGCUCUAAUAAAGCUAGCUUUGAUGUGAUACUGAAACUUUCGAGUAAUUUUAAAUCAAGAUUAAAUCUGCUUUUUCUGUUAGUCCUGAAGCUUGGUCAAAAUGAUUAAUGUGUUUAAGGUAACAGCUUGUAAAUCAUCUUUACUUACAGUAACAGAGCCCAUGCUCAUAGUGGUGAGCUGAUGGUAUGUACUUCAAAGAGUUUUUUGAAAAAUAAAGCUUUGAUUCUGGAGUGGUUUACUGCACAAACUCAGUUUAGUGCAAUGUAAUUGCAAUAAUAGCUGUAUAACAGUGAGAAACGAAUGAUGGGAGUUGAAUAAAACAAAAGUGUGAAAUCCA